AAGUUAGGUUCGCCUGGAACGACAGGAUACACACUCGAUUACGUGCAGCGCACCACCCCUGUUCCAACUUCCAACCAUGGCGAUGGCGUCCAACAUCCUCCUGCUCGUGGUCGGCAUCGCGGUAGCGGGCGUGUUCGCAUCUGGCGCGCAGCCUCCGCAGCCGCCGCGCAUCCAAGCGGACGUCGUCGUCAUGGGCUUCGUACCCUGCAACAACGGCACCACGAUGAGAACGGGCUCCGCGCCCGGAUUCCCAAGCGCGCUGGUGCAGCUGCGGUGCACGGACGGCGCCGCCGUGGCGGCGAACGCGACGACGGACGGCAAAGGGUGGUUUCGUAUGGCGGUGAACACGACGGCGACGCUGGCGAGCGUGGCCAGCGGCUGCGACCUGGUGGUGGCCACCCCGCUGGCCUCCUGCAACGCGACGCUCCCGGCGACCGGGACGCUCCAGUCCGGCCUGCGGCUCCUCGUCAGCAUGGUCUUCUUCCCGCGGGGAUUCUCCUACGUCGCGCCGCCGCUCGAUUAGCCGAUCAGACAGCCUAGUUUGAUCGAGCGGAUCGCGUCGUCACCGAAGCAACGAGCAGUGCACGCACACGCACAGCUGAAUCUUGAUUUCACCUUUUGAUUUCUCCCUGAGUGGAUCGUAUUUGACUGUGAAAAUUUGUGGGAUGAUGUUGUGCACGGUUCCACGUCUCCGUGUAUUUUCACUGAUUUUUCGCGGGCCUAAAUGGCCCACGGUCAGAGUUUCGUCGCCAACUACUCCCGGUGGUUGACAGAACUCACUUUCAUCUCACCAGUGCUCUGCUCCAAAGCACGAAGCAUUCCUAUCACGAGACUUCGUCAGUAAUCAUGCCUCACUUCUUCGGAUCUUCCAUCCGUGCACAUGCAUUUCAAUUCCACUGUAGUUUCUUGACCUCUUUCCAUGGCACGUUGGUCUUUUUUCAUGACCGUAUUGCACUGCACUGUGUGGCUCCAAACUUG